CCUUCUCUGACUGAUCGACGGCACCACCCUGGCGCUUACCAAAUUGAGAUGGCUUCCACUGACAACAACAGAACAAUACAGACAACCAUUGCAAAUGUCUUCGACGUGUUGAGCUUCUUCUCACGUCAAGUCCUCCAUCUGUCGCUGUUUAUAUAGUGACGAGUUCACGCCUGAACCCAGUUUUAGCAUCAUCGCGAGGCCUCUUCACCCUAGCAUCAGAAGGGCAGGUCUGCACGUCCCUUUCUCUACCAUCAAUAGCAAAGUCAUAAUACAUACCAUGUCAGACGCCAGUCCCCAGCGUGCAGCGAGUAAGCUGCGUGCAGCAGCUGAUGAAAUCGCGCUGUUCGAAAACCUUCCCGCGUUGCAAGAAGCGUCAUCGAUUCAGCAGCUCGUGACUAUGAUGCAAAAUGUUCAGAGUACACUCUCCGAAGUCAACCAACGGCUCAAUCGUAUCGAAAAUAGAAUCGACGCCAUUGAAAGUAGAAUGGACCGCAUGGAGACACGCAUGGAUCGACUAGAGACCUCAAUCGUUGCUGCCGACCUGAAUUCGCGUGCUCGUGUAUAUAACUCUGCAAUUGCAUUUGAUCAUAUUGCAAUCGAGCCACUACGAACACGCAUGAACUCCGUUCCGUCAAACUUUCCGACUACCCUAAGAGACCUCAAUGCUAUGACUACUGCUGGAGUCCGUACCCUGUUAGGUCAAUAUGAGCUUGAAACAACUGGCACUCUAGAUGAUAGACGUCGACGCCUUCUUACAUUUUUGGGAAUCAUCCGCGCCUAAAUAUAAGCUAAACAGUAUUGAUUACACGGCUUGAGAUGAUAUCCUGCUAGUAUAGAUUGUACUGAGGUGGCUUAACUGCAUGUUCUUUUUUAUUAGCUAUGCUGUUAGAGCGAGAGCUCACUGAGACAAUCAAGCUUCUUUUCCUUUAUGCUAUGGUUCUUAUACAAAAUUCUAACUUCAUGUCAUUUGUAAAGGUUUUCAACUACAAUAUGUAGGAUUUUCACUCU